AUGGUGGCCACCCGAUCGGGUGAUGCUGCGCUUGCUUCCGAGGUUGUCUUAGAGUUCCGCGCAGUGACGGACUUGUACAAGGGCCAAGAGGUCUUCGUCAGCUAUGGCGACUCGUACUUUGAUGAAGAUUAUGAAGGCCACAGGCGUUCGGAGUUACUUCAUGUCGACAGGGCGGUGCAGGGAGACCGGCACACGCAGCAGCUGGUGGAAUGCCAGCGUGCCCUGGUGCGGGCAUUCGAAGGAGUGGAGUUUCAGAAGGAGCUCAAAGACCGGGCCAUGAUGAGGGCACGUGCCUUCAAAGAAGGCCGGCAACCUUCGAACAUCGCUGGUGGCAAGAGGUCGGUGCAUGCCUUGAUUAUGGAGGUUGAGGAGCCCAUCUUGGAGCGCUAUGGCUAUGCGCGUGGCUUUGCCGGUGCCAGAGCGAUGGAGCAGGACUUGCUGAAGGCAGCUGCUCAGCAGGGCAAGGACUCGGAGAUCAUUCGCAACAAUGCGCACUUGGGGCAUCUCCUACACAGAUAUGACCCGCCACCAGAUCAAUAUCGCCGCAGCAUGCAGUUGCAGCUCACAAUCUUGGGUGCCCCUGUGAAGCCCAACACCUCCUUGAGCCUCUCUGUGCCAGUCGAGGCACCCUGUGGAUUUGUACGCUUUAUUUUGUACAAGUCAAUGGGGAAGGAGGUGGAGGUCCAAGCCUCAGUGCUUUCAACGUUUCACACAGGUGUUGGGAAGACCUCGCACACCACUCCCCCGGAGUGCGAACAUGUGGGGACGGACGGGUGGCUACUGCUAGCCUUUAACGAGGAUUUGCAGACCUUGCACCGUGAGGUGGAGGCUGGCGCUGAAGAGCUGGGCUUAGAGCUUCCCAAGUACUUGGAUGCCUCCAGCUUUUGGGAGACGCCACUACGUGCCAGUGCCCUGGCUCGCCAGCUGCCAAGGGCAUUGGAACGUCUCCAGGCAGUCCGGGGCAAUAUGCCUAGGGCCACCGAUCAUCAACUGCGCUGUGGAGGCGCUACAUCUGCCAGGUAUUUGAGACAGCUCCGCCGCAACGUUUUGCAGGCUGGACGCUGCGUGUCCGGCUGGCGAUGGCUGGAUACCGACAAGACAUCAGUAGUGACAGCUGAGACUGAAGAGGCUGCUCGACGUGUUGUGGGUGCCGCUCUGCAGGCAUUGCUGUGGGUCCUGGACGCGGAGAUGCGACGUGCAUUUGUGGUGGGCCGACCCCCUGGACAUCACAAUGGCUGUGACGAGCGCUUGGAGGCAGUACAAAGGAACGCUUGGCACUUUGCCGCCCAUGGUGGCUGUAUUUUCAAUGAGACAGCUGUGGCAGUGAGGAACCUGCAUGCAAGACAUCCUCACUGCAAGGUCGCGAUCCUUGACUUGGAUGCGCAUUUUGGAGACGGGACCGCCUGGCAUUUCUAUGAGGACGCGGAUGUACUUUGCAUUUCCAUGCACCUGAACCAGUCUGACCUGCAUUUCUUCCCUUUCCUGAAGGGCAAGGUGGAGGAGAGAGGGAGGGGUGCUGGCGAAGGCUUUACAUUGAAUUUACCUUUGCCAGAAGGUGCGGGUGACGUAGAAGCCUGGCAAUUGCUAGAGGAGUUUGCCUUCCCGGCUUUGCAGGCCUUCUCCCCGGAGGUUUUGUUCUUAGCCUUGGGCUUCGACGGUUUGGAGGGCGAUCCAUGCCUGGCGGGUUUGUGCUUGAGCAGCAGCUUCUUCCAACGCGUGGUACGACGUUGCUGCCACUUGUGCCAACGGGUGGUUUGCACCUUGCAAGGCGGCUACCAGCCAGAGGCGACUGCUGAAGCGCUUUCCAGCGUUUUGGAUGUUCUGGCCGAAGAAGGCCAUCCAUGUGACGAGGCCAAUGACCAUAGUGACCCUGGAUGCCCUCAGAGCUUCCAGGAGUACAUCGCUGGCAUAAAGGCAGUGCUUGCAGACAAGACUACCUGGUGGUCAGUUGAGCAGAGCUUCGAGUAUGUGCCUGAGGGCAUGCACCGACCACGCGAGGAUAGUGAACACUCAGAGACUUCCGCAAGACAGAGCGGAAAAAGGUUCCACGUGCAUAUUCUAUCAUGUUCUAUCGGACUGGCUUCCGAGGGGACAUUCGGAAGAUUGAUGAAGACUGGACCGGUACGUGUGCGAGUGAGAAGAAGUGGCUAUAGAACCGCGUGUCAUUUGUUUCAGUCACCACUUCUUGGUUCAGCUCUUAAAGGCAAGCUAGGGGCAGGGCUGGGAGCCACAUGUUAUAUUGGCACAUAUUUUGGCUAA